AUGAAUACUCCCCAAAAUGCCUCGCCCUCGCUGAACGACCCGGGCGAGAGCUUGGAAGCCUCGCAGACUUCGGCCUCUGGAAUCGUAACCGCUUCGGCAUCCGCUGCCUCAUCCACCACCCGAGGGAGGGCCCCCAGUGCCGCUUCACGCGCCCCGUCCUCGCGCGCACACACACCCGCCGCCCAGAGCGAGUCCGUCGAGCGCAAGAAUUCCGUGUCGUAUGGUCACCACCGCCAGACAUCCAUUGUCCACGGCUAUCAACACUCUCGCAACCCAAGCCAUGUCUCUUCCACCGGCGCCAGUCCCAUUAGUCCCGGAAUUAUCCUGGCCCAAGGAGCAAAAGAUGUACCCAUCCUGCGCCAAAGCCCCUCGUCCUCGACCUUGAAUGCGCCUGCAGACCAGGUUCCUCUACGUCGUCUUGAACGCAUGCAUAGUGGUAGAAUCAAGCGUGAGCAUGAAACUCAUCUGCAUCAUCACCAUCAUCACAACCACCGCCAUCACCGCUCGCGUUCGCGCCAACAUCACCAACAAGAGCCCACUACUGUUGGGGAAUACGCUCUUCACCAUUUGUUGAAUGAGUUCAUCAGCGAAGCCAACGAGAAGAUCAAUCGCUGUGUCUCGGAGCUUGAUGAUGCCUUGAUCAGAGUCGAAGCCAUAUGUGGCCCUGGUGCCGACCACGCCUUUGACCAGCUGAUCAAGGCUCUUGGUCACAUUGUGCGCCCUCGCCCGAAGCCUCUGAUAGAUGCUCUGAUGAUAUGGCGCAAGUCCAAGAGCGAUGAGAUGAGCCCUAUCCAUGCCCAGUUGCAAGCCGCCCGCGCUCAGGCUGCCAAUAACUCUGCUACCAUUCGUCGUGCCGACAUCUCACAGAUCAGUACGAACAGCAGUUCUGCCUCGCUCCCUUCACAUACGGAUCCAGCUGCUAUUGCGACACUCGAGCAGAAUCUUCGCCAGGGCGAACGUCGUUCGGCAAUCUCGGUAUAUAUCCUUUGCCGUGUGCUCAUGCAAGUCAUAUCUCAAUGCACGUUGGCCGCCUUGACGAACGAUAUUGCAGAGAGGCUCGAGGACGUCAUAUAUGGCCAAUUGCGCAACUUUGAUUCUGAGGCUCUAGCAUAUUCGGCUCUCAAACAGUCACAGUGGAACAUGUUUGGCCAGCUUUUGGGGAUCAUGGGAAAUUUGCGCUUUGACAAAGUCGCCGAUCGAUAUGUUUCGGAUCUGGAAACUGCACAGAGACGUUUAUCAGUCAAAGGUAAUGCCGACAGGGACCUUGAAAAUCGCACAGCUCUCCUCGUACACAGUAUGCGAUGGCUCAAAAUUCAAACUAAGCCCGAACCCGCGUGGGAUAAGUCCUGUGAUCUGCUUAAUCUCCUGGCCGGCUUCUUUGCAGGUGUACAUGGGAAGCCGGUAAAAUAUGCAUAUUGCCAACUUUUCGAGGAUUUGUUGCUGCCGGUUGCAAGUAAGGCUACCACCGAACUUAAUUCGCCCAAAUGGAGGCAAAUUUUGGACAUCCUCAAAGUCAGACUAAAUCAGCUGCUCGCGAAGCCCAAGCACUGGGCUCAAGCUUUCCCUAUACUUGCUGUAACUAUUUGCGUAUCACCCAACGAUGUCUUUCAGCAGCAGUGGCUUUCGACUGCCCUUCACCAGUUACAGCCAAAACUGAAAGAACGUACCACACGUGGUCAUGCCCUGAAAGCAUUGUGUCGUCUUGUUUGGGUAUAUCUAUACAGAGCUCCCGAGACCCAGCUCACGACGUUCAAGAAACUCGAAGACAUAAUUCGAAUGGUUUUCAUGACGGGCAAGAAGUCGCUACUGUCUACAGAGCCGUCUAUCGCCGAUCCCCUCAUACAACUCAUUCGUAUCAUUGGGUUCAAGCAUCAAGAUCUCUGCUUCAGAUCCAUCAUUUUCCCCUUGAUGAAUGCAGAUGUCAUAAUAACCGGUCGAGACCGACGGAUCGAGAAUCUCGAUCCUGAAAAAAUGGUCAUCGCAAUUCGCGCCUUUCUUGCCAUCAUGACUGAUUUAGAAAAGGGUGAACAACCGCCGUUCCCCGUCAGCUUUGAGUGCGACGCACUCACAGAUCCGUUCUCAAGAUCGCCCAACUCUCACAGACGCUCCUUGUCUCAGAGUCAGCCUCCUGUCAACGGUGCCAAAGUUGAACGAUUGUCCAAGCCUGUCAUGACAGCAGGAUUCGGCGACGUUGCAAAAGAGUCGUAUGUCAAGUUUUGCAAAAUUCUAGGCGAGAUUACCAUCAUCUGCGACGAAACGUUUGGUGGGCAAAAGGUCCUGGACGAGAAGUUCUCUGCUCAAGCUAUACCCAAAACACCCAUGGCAGAUGCUUUCAGUUUCAGUCGAAGGGAUGAACUCUUCAACUCACCCGAGGUUCGCCAAAACUUCUAUGAUCUCCUCCAUGUUGCAGUUCAAGCCCUCCCUCGGUGCUUGUCUCCCCAGAUUCCUCUGAAAAACCUCAUCAACCUGUUGUGCACCGGAACUGCUCACGUGCAGAACCAUAUCGCUUCAUCAAGCGCACAAUCUCUCAAGUCAAUCGCCCGCCAGUCUCACGCCCAGCUGGUAACAAUUGGCUUUGCGCGUUUCAUAUUCAAUUUUGACGACCGGUACGCCACUGUCUCUGCCGGCAGUCUUCUUGGCCAUGGUCAUAUAGAAAGCACCUUGCGUCUCUACGUUGAGCUGUUAGAGAUAUGGAUCGAAGAACUGAAGUCACAGCCACAAAUGGCAACACCCGAUCUUCAUGACGAUGACUUUUCUCGUGGAAUGCCCUCGGAUCUCAAUCGCUCAAGAGUUUUUGCCCACGUGGAUGAGAUCGAGUCGCACGGCCUCUUUUUCCUGUGCUCGCCCUCGCGCCAUGUGCGAGCGUACGCCGUCAGGGUCCUCAGUCUCAUCACAAAAUUUGAUACUGCACUUGGCCAGCCCUCUACACGAAUCAUCAGCGUCCUUGAGGGUAGCUCACAGCAAGUCAUCGAUGUCAACGACGAGAAGCUCUCUUUGGCCGAGCGCAGCCGUUUGCAGAAAGGCCUUAGAGCGAGCAAUAUGAACAACACCCUCGUUGAGCUUUGUAGUAGCGACACAGUCCAUGAUCUGACAUUGUGGUCCAAGGCUUUUCCCAACUUGAUCCGUCUGAGCUCGCAAAUCUGUCCUCAAGCUGUACUUCUGACACGAGACAUUGUCUGUGCACGUCUCUCACAUGCCCACAGAAUCAUCGGCACACUGGCCGAGGGUCCUCGAAUCAACACAUACGCAGCUUUGGAAACUGCCUUCUCCCAUCGCAUGGUAGGGAGAACAGCUUUUAGUCCUCCCGAAGUCACUAUAGAGCAAUGGAAGCUUCAUCUGAUCUUUGCAUGCACGACUCUCACGAACAGCGGUGGCUCGCAACAGGCCCCUGUCCCAAGCCAAAGCUCUCAGCACUCACGCAAAGGCUCCAAAGCCUCUACCAUUGGCCAAGAGAAGAUCGGAUCCGCUUGCGAGUUGUUCACAAAAGUUGUCCCAUUCUUGUCUGCUAUACAUCCUGGUGUACGAGAGGCAGCUGUUCACGGGCUGGGAGCCAUCAACACCAAUCUCUUUAGGCCAUUGCUAGAAGCCCUUCAGCCGUCAGUGGCUACUUGCAGCGAGGAUGCCAAGCAAUGGCUGACAGCCCAUCAACGAUCAGUAAGCAGUCCCCGACGAAGCAGGCGAAGUGAUACACUGCGUACCGAGCUCACCCAUCUUUAUCAACUGACGUCUCACUGCCUGUUUGAGACUGAGAUCUACAAUGACGAGUGGAUACUGCAAAAUCUCGUCAGUUUCACAAAAGAUCUACGGAUCUUCCUCAAUGAUGAAGAUGUCCAAAAUCAAUGGGACUUUCAGAAACUGCGUACCUACUACUGUGGUCUCGUCGAAGUGCUGUAUGAAGGCAUCCACAAAACGAAGGAUCCAGUCAGAUGGAUGCCAUUCCACGCAAGAAAGGCAGCCUUCUCUAUGAUGGAAGACUGGUGCGGCUUUUCUCCAAAUCAGACGCAGAUACGACAGAAAGAAAAUCACAUGAGAAAGUCUAUUCUCGACCAGGAACAAGAUUCUCGCAAUCGUGGAAACGUUACAGCCAAGUUGGAGAUCGAAAAAAAGGACUUGCGGACUUCAGCUCUUAGCGCCAUGGCAGCACUCUGUGCAGGUCCGGUCAUGGUCUCUACCGAUGGUCAAAUCACUAUGCAGUUUGAUGUUCGCCGCAUGCUCAAAUGGAUUGAUGCCAUCUUCGAUUCAGCCAGCGACCGAACGCAUGCGACAGGUCGUCGAGCUCUGAAAAACCUUCUGCUUUGCAACAAGGAACACGGUUUCCUUUUGUCUCAUUCGAUCGAAGAAUGCUAUCACGCCAAAAAUCCCAAGGCACUCUUCAGUUACUUCUCCGUGGCCACCCAGGUCCUGACGGAUGGCGCUGACGAUAAGAUACCCUUUUGGAAGAUCCUGAGUGCCGCCUUGUAUACUCUUGGCAAUGAGAACAGUGAAAUCCGCAUGAAAUCCGCGCGGUUGUUAAGGACACUUGAGGAGCGUUUGGGCAAGAACUCAAAGCUGCAAGAUCUAGACAUCAGUAUCUCAGAUAAGACAACCGCGGUCUACAAGCUGGCACAAUUCGACAUCUCUCGCAGACUAGCCAAACAACAUGCAGACAUGGCGUUCCAUGUAUUCUCAGAGUUUACCAGAUACUUUGGAGGUCUUGUACCCGACCACCAACGUAACAUGGUCGCAGCUAUGUUGCCGUGGAUUCAGACCAUCGAACUUCAGUUGCUCCCAAGCGGUGGGCCUACUGCUAGCUCUUACAUGUUGAUGGUCAAUCUUUUUGAGAUCACAGCAAGAAGCAGCAGUGUCUUGCACAACGAGAUUCAAGCUCUGUGGCAAGCUCUCGCCACAGGUCCUUACGGUGGUAAUGUGCAGGUCGUUUUGGACUUCAUCAUCGCGAUAUGUUUGGAUCGACGAGAACAGAAUUUUGUUGAUUACGCCAAGCAGAUUGUGGUGUUCCUCUCUACCACAGCAGCUGGCCUCAAGGUUGUUGAGUUCCUCUUGCUGCAAAUUACUCCCAAAUCUAUGAUUGCCGAGAAACGACCACCUCCACCAAUUCCUCAAGAUAUGACAGGUUUACCAUACAUUGCAGAUCUAGCUCAGGUACUACCGAUUGGUAACCGCCAGUCUGGCCUGUCUCUUGGUCAAUUGGCAUUGAUGCUUCUUGUCGAUCUCGUGGUUUCCCCAGUACAGCUCCCCAAGAACAAGAUACCCCUUCUCCUACAAGUAGUGGUUGUCCAAUGGGACCAUUAUACGCCGCUAGUCCAAGAUCAAGCACGAGAGAUGCUUGUGCAUAUGAUCCACGAGAUUGUCAUCUCAAAGAUUGGACCAGCUCAUACCGGGCCUGACAAGCAAAGCAUAGAAGAUCUGAUUGAGUCGAUAAGACAACAUGAUCCCAAGGUUGUUUGGUCCUACGAGGAAACCGACAAUACUGGUCCUGGGAGUGCCUCCAACGGUGUUCCCGAACCAAUGAUCUUCGUUAUUGAGGAGGUGGUUCGCGUGCUGAGCUUCUCGUAUGAUGAUCCGUCGGUUGGCGACGAUAUACGCAGAGAUUGGGCGCGAAUGAGUCUGGUCUGGGCUACGACAUGUGCGGUUCGUCAUGUAGCAUGUCGCUCGUUCCAGAUCUUCCGCUGUAUCAUCGAUUCACUUGACAGACAGAUGAUGGCAGACAUGCUGGCUCGUCUGACGAACACCAUUGCUGACGAUGAAAACGAUUGUUUGACCUUCUCUCAAGAGAUCCUCAUCACGUUGAGGACCAUCAUCAGCGCCCUUGAGCCCGAGGACCUUAUCCAAUAUCCACAGCUGUUCUGGACCACGAGUGCCUGCUUGGAUACUAUCUUCGAACAAGAGUUUCAAGCGAGUCUUUCCAUGCUUGAUCGACUUUUGGACAAACUGGAUCUGAGUGACCCUGCAGUCAUCAAGCUCUUCAACGAGAACAAACCCGCAAAGUGGGAUGGGGAAUUUGAGGGUCUCCAGCCACUGGUAUACAAGGGCUUGAGAUCCAACGUCUGUCUGGAUCGAUCGUUGGAGAUGUUGGAGAGAAUGAUCAAGCUGCCGUCGAGCAGUCUGAUUGGCGGCGACACCCGCUUACUGUUUACACUUCUUGCGAACCUUCCUCGAUAUUUACAUCGUUUUGAGGAUGACAGCAGCGAUCAGACUUGCUUCGAAUCUGCAGAUUCUCUUGCAGCGGUUGCUGAAGCCCAGCAACUACCUGAUCUGGCGUAUGCGCUCGAUGGAUAUGCCAACCAACGAUACCGCAAUUCCAAUGACUUCCUGACACAAGUUGUGUCUGCGGCCAGAGCUGCCUUCUUCCCAGCCAUGGAGUACCAGAGUUUGGUUUUUCUCAUUGGCCUACUGAACAAUCAAACCCCGUGGUUUAGAGUCACAGUAAUGCAACUGUUGUGUGUUCUCAUCCCACAAAUUGAUAUGAGACGACCCGAGAUAGUAUCACAAGGGCCAGAUCUGAUAUCCCCUCUCUUGCGACUUCUGCAAACCAGCUAUUGCCAGCAAGCUCUCGAUGUACUCGACAACAUCAUGUCCGUUACAGGCACGCCUCUUGACAACAAGCACUUGCGCAUGAGCAUGGCCGGGUCUCAUUCAACACGCGCAACGCGUAAAGAGUACGACAGUACCAAGAGUCUCUACGGUAUUCCCGAAGAAUCUGGAUGGUCAACACCAAUGCCGGCCAUCCAAGCUGAGCGGGCACGCAAGAACGUCAUGGCCGUCUAUUACACCUGCCUUGACACGACUAUGGCAGACGGCACAGAGAUCACCAGCACACCUGAUGUAGCAUUCACCGAGGACCAGUAUGGAUCCUACUUCGAUCGUUCAGUAUCAGCAUCAGAUUCGAUACGCGCUGACGGCAGUAUGAGCGAACUUGUAUUGAAGCUCGACAGCUUGGACGACUUUUUUGACGAUCGUAAAGCCACCACGACCAGAGAAAAGUCCCGCGGCUCAAUCGAAGACCGCGAGAACGUCUACGAGCAGCAGACAUUGCCAAUUUUGCAUAAAUCACUCAAACGCAAUGCCUCUGUCACAUCCUUCCAGAAUGGGUUUUCAGAUGCGAGGUUCCGCGAGCCUCUCGUCAUGAACCCUGGCGCCUUCGCAUCGAACCCGGCAAUAAUAGCAACGAGGCCAGCGCUGCACGCGAGAUCAGUGACCUCACCGAUGGCAGCAAUGAACCAUAUGCCCCGAGUGAUCACAGAUCUGCAGUCUGGCGAAGACACCGGUGACGAGCCCUUCUCGGAUGAUGAUCUCUCGAUAUCUCGCAUGGCAACCUCGGACGACUCACUUUCAAUCCACAGCAGCAAUUCGCGCAACCCAUCCGCAGCUGGACUUCGAGCUGGCUUCAGAUCUGGAAUGAGAAGGCUCACUGGAGGGACGACAGAUCGCAGAGACGUGAAGGGAUUGGUUCGGCUGAGCCCUAAGGUACCACGAGUGCCGACAGUAUGGUUGAGUAACCCAAAGAGUUCGGAGCUUUGA